GAAGCUGGCAUAUGCACCUCUCAUCUCAGAAUCACCAUGGGCUCUCGUAUGACUUGCUCGAACUGCAAAACCAAGAAUAUCUGCUGCGACAGUAUCAGGCCAGAGUGUGGACCGUGUACAAGGCGAAGGUAUAUGCCAGGUGGUCUACCAUGCGACUACAGCGAGAGUCUUCACCAUACGAGUAAUCUAGGCCCGCUUUAUGAAGGCGACGCAUGCAUUCUUUGCCGUGAACAAAAGAAGGUAUGUAAAUUAUUAUGGCCCUGGUGUUAUGUUCUCACACGGCCAACAAAAAAAAAAAAGAGGUGUAGCGGCGAGCGUCCGUUCUGUCGAAACUGUGUCGCCAUAGGAAACCAUUUAGGAUGCGUUUACGAACGCAGCUUAGCAUCUGGGACAAACCUGCCCCUACGACAUUCUCCCGAUCCAUUGCUAUUGCUUUAUCCGGAUCUCCUCAUGCGCCUACGUGCCGAGUUUCUUUCGCAUGGUGGAUACUGCUGUGUCCGUAUGAUACCAGAGAAACUAGACGCCAUAGCCUGUGGCGAUCUCACUGGUCGUAUUGUCCAUCCGAUUUUUAUUCACCUUGCACACAUAUUA